AUGCAUUUGGUUCCCCGCGAGAUCGACAAGCUCCUCAUCUCCCAGGUCGGCUACCUCGCUCAGAAGCGCCUCGCCCGCGGAGUCCGCCUCAACCAGACCGAAGCCACGGCCCUCAUCGCCAACAACAUCCAUGAGCUCAUCCGCGAUGGCACACACACAGUCGCCGCGCUCAUGAACGCGGGCAAGCAGAUGCUGGGUCGCCGGCAUGUCCUCCCCGCUGUGGCCUCUGCCCUCGCCGAGAUUCAGGUUGAAGGCACCUUCCACGACGGCACCUAUCUCGUGACCAUCCACAACCCCAUCGCCUCUGAUGACGGCAACAUCGAGAAAGCCCUCUACGGCUCUUUCCUCCCCAUCCCCGACGAGUCCCUCUUCCCGCCCAUUACCUCGACCACCGAAUACGAGGCCAUCCGCCAGCCCGGUGCCGUCGUGGCCGUCAAGGGCUGCAUUGAGCUCAACCCGGGCCGCCGCAAGGCUCGUCUGCGCAUCGUCAACAAGGGAGACCGCCCCGUGCAGGUUGGAAGCCACUACCACCUCAUCGAGGCCAACCCGCUCCUCGAGUUCGACCGCAUCCAGGCCUACGGCUAUCGCCUUGACAUUGCGGCCGGCACGGCCGUGCGCUUCGAGCCCGGCGACUGCAAGACCGUCAAUAUCGUCGAGAUUGGCGGGAACAUGAUCAUCCAGGGCGGCAACCGCAUCGCCAGCGGCGUCGUCGACCGCAACCGUGUCAACAUUACCAACAUCAUUAACAACCUUGUCAAGAUGGGCUUUGCCCACAUCGACGCGCCCAUGGACAAGCGUGCGGUGCUCCCAACUACCAUGGAGCGCGAGGCAUACGCCGCCAUGUUCGGCCCCACGACGGGAGACCUCGUCCGCCUCGGCGACACAGAGCUCUUUAUCAAGGUCGAGAAGGACUACACCACCUACGGCGACGAGUGCAAGUUCGGCGGCGGCAAGACCCUCCGUGAGGGCAUGGGGCAAGCGUCCGGCCGCUCCGACCGCGAGACCGCCGACCUCGUCAUCACAAACGCGCUCAUUGUUGACUACACCGGCAUCUACAAAGCCGACAUCGGGAUCAAGAACGGGCAUAUCGUCGGCAUCGGCAAGUCUGGCAACCCGGACAUCAUGGACAACGUUGACCGCUCCCUCAUCGUCGGCAGCAACACGGACAUCAUCGCCGGCGAGGGCAAAAUCAUCACCUACGGCGGCUUCGACACCCACAUCCACUACAUCUGUCCACAGCAAGCGGCCGAAGCACUCUCCUCCGGCGUCACGUCCAUGCUCGGCGGCGGCACCGGGCCUAGUACCGGCACAAACGCCACAACCUGCACCCCCGGCGCAACCUACAUCCGCCAGAUGCUGCAGGCCCUCGACGGCCUCCCGCUCAACUUCGGCGUCACCGGAAAGGGCAACGACUGCCAGCCGCAAGGCCUCGCCGAGCAAUGCGCCGCCGGCGCCGUCGGCCUCAAGCUCCACGAGGACUGGGGCAGCACACCCGCGGCCAUCGACGCCUGUCUGUCCGUCUGCGACCAGUACGACGUCCAGUGCCUCAUCCACACCGACACGCUCAACGAGAGCGGCUUCGUUGAGCAGACCAUCGGCGCCUUCAAGGGCCGCACCAUCCACACCUACCACACCGAGGGCGCCGGCGGCGGCCACGCACCAGACAUCAUCAGCGUCGUGCAGCACCGCAAUGUCCUCCCCUCAUCCACAAACCCCACUCGGCCAUUCACCCGCAACACCCUCGAUGAGCAUCUCGACAUGCUGAUGGUGUGCCACCACCUGUCAAAGAACAUCCCCGAAGACGUGGCCUUCGCCGAGUCGCGUAUCAGGGCUGAGACUAUCGCCGCAGAAGACGUGCUCCACGAUCUGGGUGCGAUAUCGAUGAUGUCCAGUGACUCACAGGCGAUGGGGCGUGUCGGCGAGGUGGUGCUGCGCACGUGGAAGACGGCGAGCAAGAAUAAGGUGCAGCGCGGGCCGCUGAAGGAGGAUGAGGGGACGGGCGCGGAUAACUUUAGGGUCAAGCGGUACAUUGCAAAGUACACCGUGAACCCGGCGAUUGCGCAGGGGAUGAGCCAUCUUAUUGGUUCCGUCGAAACUGGCAAACUCGCCGACCUCGUCCUCUGGGACCCCGCACAAUUCGGCGCAAAACCAAGCCUAGUACUCAAAUCCGGCCUAAUCGCCUGGGCGCACAUCGGCGACGCCAACGGCUCCAUCCCAUCCGUGCAACCCAUCAUCGGGCGGCCGAUGUACGCGCCGCUCGUGCCCAGCACAUCCAUCACCUGGGUGUCAGCCGCCUCUCUCGAAUCAGGCACCGUGCAGUCCUACGGGCUCAAGAAGCGCGUCGAGGCCGUGCGGGGCUGCAGGAACAUCGGCAAGAAGCACAUGAAGCUCAAUGAUGCUAUGCCGGCGAUGAGGGUCGACCCCGAGACGUACACAGUGGAGGCAGACGGCGUGGCGUGUACCGCUGAGCCGGUGGAUAGGCUGCCGUUGACGCAGGGGUAUUAUUUGUAUUAG